UAAUGUGACUUUCAAGGCGUUCCCAUCACUGUGGUGUUUAUGAUUAUUAUAAUCCGCACUAGGAUUCCCUCUGCGUGUGAUCCUGGAGUUCACACUUGAAGACACAGAUCAAGCACAUGCAUCACAUUCCAAUUUCCAAACACUGCCGAACAAUAAUGUCCAAUUUGUUUACUGGUAGUUGGGGAACGGAUGAGAUAUGAAAGAGGAAAGAGAAAGAGAGAUGGACGAGAGUCGCCGCGGUGUUAUCAAUAACUCGCAACGUUCGUUCCACACUCACACUCGCACCACACAGUCUGGUCUUAAGAUACGUGUGACCCGAAUCAAUACUUUGUUUCGUUUUUUGUUACUAUAUUAUCAUUGACGUUGACCCAGAUGGACAAUAAAUGGUGGAGGUGUGGACUAAACAAAUCCUUGAAGCCUCAGCACAUUACCUGAAGCCUCCCUGUUAUGUGUACACAAAGGCAAAUCUGAACAGUGGUUCUUUGGUGCGUCUAUCUUCCUCGUAUCUCGUAUCUCUCUCUGUCUCUCUGUCUCGCUGUCAAUGGAGGUUCAAGCUCAACUGCAACAAGAAGAAGAAUAUAAUCUGAAAGUGGAAGUGGAGGAAGAGGAAGUGAGUCUACUGAGAAGGCAGUCCACAACGCGAAAAUAUGGUGUCGAUGAAAGUGGUGUUUCUGGGAAUGGUAAUGGCAGUUCAACCAACGGUAGCACCAGCAACAAUCGUACCCAUGCAGAAGAAGAGCCAGAAGCAGAACAAGAAUUGGUUGAAGAGGUGAAUGAUGGGAAAAAUGGUGUUGAAGAACAAGGACCAGAGACUGAAGCAGAGCAAGGACCAGGUGAAGAAGUGACGAACACACAGACUAUUGGCAUUUACCAAAACGACCCGGGUACGGAAUCCAUCCAAACAAUUGUCAAGACGGAAUACAGCCAUAUUGAACAAGUUUCGUAUGAAACAGAGACAGUGCAUGUAACCUCGGAUGUUGCAGCACAGAGGUUCAGCACUUUUCUAAGCUCUCAGGUUGAUCAUCAAGAUAUUGGAAAUUCUGGAGAUGAGAGAUUUUUGGACUUGGCUUUGUUGUCUCCAAGAAAGUCAUCUGAAGAGAAAAACACGUAUUCUAAGGAGAGUGAAGUAGUUGAAGAAGUAGAUCUGAUAGAAGAACUUAACCCUGAAGAGACAGAAUUUGAUGUCGAGAAGGUGCUAGAGAAGCAAAAUACUCACGAUUUGUACUGUCCCAAUUGUCGUUCUUGUAUAACAAGAAAGGUAAUCCUUCGUAGAAAGAAACGUCACAGAGAGGAACAUGACAACAUCGAAGAAACAACUAUCUCUGAACUACAUCCUCAACCUGUAACUGGGGUGGAGGAGUAUUGCAGUGUUGAUGCAAUUCCUAGCAUUGAUGAGACUCCAACUCCUGCAGUCAUAGAUAAUAUUCCAACGCCUGAAGUCGAUGGUUACCAUAAUGAUGGAGAGCGAGAAGCUUUUAGAUGUCUGUCGUGUUUCAGUAUUAUCAUUCGCACAGGAGACGGAGCUAAAUUGUUCUGGCUUUUUGGAAAGGGAAAAGAAAAAGUGCAAGAUCCUUCAGAGGUUCCCGUGGCAAAAAGUAGUGCAUUCUUCCCCCUUUUUCCACCAUGGAAGGGGACAACAGUUAUUCAGCCAGGUGAAACUCAUGCAGCUGUGAGUGCUCCUUCUGCAAUUACAGAGGUUUUACCAUCCCCAGCUCAACCUUCUCGAUCUGAAUCGCAGAAAGUUGCGGACUCUGCAAUUAACAUCCAACAGGCGAUUAAUGCUGGAAAGGAAUUAAGAGAUGCUGUCAAAAAGACCACUGAAGAUGAUGUCAUAGUUGACAUUGAUAGAGGGACGGCAAAAGUGGCACCUGCCAAAACAGCACAGACGAGUGAUAUUGUAGCACGAGUGGAAGUACCACAACAAACUGGAACUUCGCCACUAGCUGAAGAGCCACUAGUUGCUGAAGUCCGUCAACCUCGUGAAUGGGAUAUUUUAAAGAGCAUUGUCUACGGUGGCUUGAUAGAAUCAACAACAAGUCUAGCUGUCGUGUCAUCUGCAGCGGGAGCUGGUGCCGCCACAUUGAACACCUUAGGUUUGGGAUUGGCUAAUCUGUUUGGAGGACUUUUCGUCAUCGCCCAUAACCUUAGAGAGUUGAAGAAUGAGCAGCCCAGUCAAGGUACCGAGCAAGUAGACCGGUACCAAGAGGUGCUAGGAAAGAGACAGCACUUUCCCCUGCACGCAAUAGUAGCCAUUUUAUCGUUCAUAAUCUUUGGCUGUGUGGCUCCGAUCACUUAUGCAUUCUCAUUUAGGGAGAGUGACAAUAGGGACUACAAGCUCGCCGCUGUUGCGGGCGCUUCUCUGUUUUGCAUUUUCCUACUUGCCAUAGGGAAAGCCCAUGUUGGGAAGCCACCUAAAACUUACUUCAAGACAGUGCUAUACUAUGUCAUUAUGGGGUUCAUGGCAUCAGGAGUCUCUUUCUUAAUCGGUGAACUGAUUGACAAGCUUCUCACCAAGCUCGGCUGGUUCGAUUCAACCUCAUCUCUGUCUGGGACCCGGCCUUUGGAGAAUGGAACGAUGCAGUCUGGAUGGGCAUCCUACUGAAGUCAUGGGAUCUUGAAGAGCGCUUCUGAUGCAGAAUGCAUGAAAACAGUUUUGUUCUCAACGUAGUUGCUUCAUUCAUGUUAUGCCAAGGCACGACUCUUUCCCUUUCCAAGAGUAGAGAAACUAGUAGGAACCGGCUUUGCCUUCACAUCUCUUCCACAUUCUCAUGUUAUGUCUUAGACGAGUCUUUUCUAGUCCGAAGAGAAUGCCUCACAAUAUGUACUAGAAAAAUGUACUAUUUCUCUUCCCCGUCUCAAUAGCGGGAAAUAAACCAUGAAGGACAUGGCCCGUCUGUGAACUUUCUGUACUGAUCCUUCGUCGAUGAUAAAUUUGUUCUCUGCUCAAGGCAAUUGCCAAGGA